UUCGAUCACCACCCUCGGCCGUAUAAAGGGAUGAUGGGAGAUGAGAUCAUGAAGAAGAGGAAGGAGUUUCUCGGUCCCUCGCUGUUUUAUUACUAUCAGAAACCGCUCAACAUUGUGGAAGGGAAGAUGCAAUAUUUAUAUGAUGAGAGUGGUAAGCGUUAUCUUGAUGCAUUUGCUGGCAUUGUGACAGUCUCAUGUGGGCAUUGCCAUCCUGAUGUGGUGAAUGCUGUGGUGGAGCAAAGUAAGAUCCUCCAGCACACCACCACUAUUUAUCUACACCAUGCAAUUGUUGAAUUUGCAGAAGCUUUAGCGUCAAAAAUGCCGGGAAACCUAAAGGUUGUUUAUUUUGUCAAUUCGGGUACUGAAGCUAAUGAGUUAGCAACAUUGAUGGCUCGUCUAUACACUGGUAACCUUAACAUGGUUGCCCUGAGAAAUGCAUAUCAUGGUGGAAGUGCAGGAACAAUUGGCCUAACAGCUUUGAAUACUUGGAAAUACCCAAUACCUCAGGGUGAAAUCCAUCACAUCAUGAAUCCUGAUCCAUACCGUGGGGUAUUUGGAUCUGAUGCUACACGUUAUGCGAAAGAAUUAGAAGAUCAUAUUGCUUAUGGUACUUCUGGCAAAGUUGCAGGAUUUAUCGCUGAAACUUUUCAGGGAGUCGGAGGUGCUGUUGAACUGGCUCCUGGCUACCUAAAGUUGGUGUAUGAUAUUGUUCGCAAGUCUGAUGGUGUUUGCAUAGCCGAUGAAGUUCAGAGUGGGUUUGGUCGCACCGGAAGUCACUAUUGGGGAUUUGAGACUCAGGGUGUUGUUCCAGACAUAGUCACAAUGGCGAAGGGUAUUGGCAAUGGUUUACCACUAGGAGCAGUGGUGACAACUCCUGAAAUAGCACAAGUGAUGUCUCAAAAAAUUCAGUUCAAUACCUUUGGUGGGAACCCUGUGUGUUCUGCUGGUGGACUUGCAGUGCUCAAGGCUCUUGACAAGGAAAAGCGACAAGGUCAUUGUGCUGAUGUUGGGUCCCACUUAGUUGAGCGGUUGACAGCACUUCAGCAAAAGCAUGAAAUCAUUGGAGAUGUGAGAGGCAGGGGUCUGAUGCUAGGAGUAGAGCUUGUGACUGAUAGAAAAGAGAAGACUCCUGCCAAGGUAGAGACAGGAGUAUUGUUUGAGAAGCUGAAGGAUCUUGGUGUCCUAGUUGGGAAAGGAGGACUUCAUGGAAAUGUCUUCAGAAUAAAACCACCAAUGUGCUUCACAAGAGCAGACGCAGAUUUCUUAGUCGACGCAUUGGAUUAUGCUAUAUCAGGGUUGUGAAGUUUCUAAAGAGUUCGGGCAGGUAAGAAAUCAAGUAGAAGAGCUGUGUGUUGCAGUGGUCCAACUGGGUGGACAAGGAGACGGAGGGGAAUUGGAUUGAAUCACCCCAUCUGUAAUGAAACAUUUGUGUUGAUUGGAAUACAAGUUUAGAGAGAGGAAUGAAAAUUUAGAGAAAUUCAGUCAGCUUUGUUACCCUCUUUAUACCAUUGUGUCGUGCGUCUUAUCAUCGAAUCUGAGACUCGGAUGGCAUGCGCUAAAUUUUGGGGGACACAAGAGAAUAAGUUUGGGGUCACCAAAUCUAACACUUGGCUCUAUGAUUGUGAAUAGAAUGUAUUCUUGUCAGAAGUAUUUUUUUUUUUUAACUGAACUAGUUGAGGAGUACUACAAGAUCAUUAAAUCA